AUGCUGUCAGUACCAGCGCCAGAAGAGGAAAUGGCGUCACACACCAUCGAUCCCCCGACCCCUGCCGCUCCAACUCCUCCAUCGUCACCUCCCAAAGCACCAGCUCCUGAGGCACCAAGCGGCAGAGGACAUCGUGUUUGCAAGGCAUCCACAUACAUCCAGCGAUUGAACGAUGGAUCUGGUGUCGCUGACGGACACCCGAGCCAGUCGAAAUACCCAAAAGGUCUGCAACCUGGUGACCUGAUGGGAGCUGUGGCCGUUGAGGCAGAAAGCGAGGAUGAAGUUGAGUCAAUCUUCGCGAUGCCAGCAUUGAUGGAGACUCCUAGACAGGAUCCGGCUUCUCUGAAUGAAGCCAUGCAGAGCACAGAAUGGCCGAAAUGGAAGGAAGCAAUAGUGAAGGAGAUGCAAAACCUUGAUAGUCAUGGCACAUACACACUGGUUGAGCCACCUAAGAACACUAACAUUGUAGGAUCCAAAUUCGUCUUCCGCAUCAAACACAACGCGGAACGUGAAAUCGAGUCCUACAAGGCUCGUCUCGUGGCUCAGGGAUUUACACAGGUGCCAGGGAUCGACUUCAAUGAGACAUUUGCCCCAGUGGCCAAGCUCGCGUCGAUUCACCUGAUUCUCGCGCUCGCCGCAUGCUAUGACUGGGAGCUGCACCAGAUGGACGUCAAGGGGGCGUACCUGAACGGGGAUCUCGAGGAAGAGAUUUAUAUGCAGCAGCCUCCUGGGCAAGCUGAACCUGGGAAAGAGCACCUUGUCUGCAGGCUCAAGCGACCUCUGUAUGGGCUAAAGCAGAGCGGUCGUCAGUUCCACAAGAAGAUUUCUGGCGAACUUGGCAGCAUGGGACUCACCAGGAGCAAGGUCGACCACUGCGUCUUCUGGCUUCGCAAUGAAGAAGAUGUCCUCAUCUUGCUCAUCGCGCUUUCCGUUGACGACUCGACCAUUGCAGGCACCAAGGCAGCAGUUUUCUGGUUCAAGCGAGAGAUCAGCACGCGUUUCAAGAUGUCAGAUCUCGGAGAGAUGCACUGGAUCUUAGGGAUCGAAGUGCAGCGUGACCGCGACGUGCGCACAUUGUCUCUGUCGCAGCACGUGUAUAUCGACAUGAUUCUCACGCGUUUCAACCUCCAGGAUGCGAAGUCAUUGACUACACCACUUGACCCCGGGACUGUCCUCAGCAUCCACCAAUGCCCCUCCACUCCUCGUCAGUUUGAAGACAUGAAGAACAUACCAUAUCGCGAAGUGAUCGGUUCGCUCAUGUACGCGGCACUUGGGACGCGCCCCGACAUUGCGUACGCCAUAACGGCUCUCUCGCAAUUCAUGCAGAAUCCAGGACAGCCGCACUGGGAAGCAGCAAAGAGGGUUUUUAGGUACCUCGCAGGAACGAGGGAGAGAUGGCUGACAUUCGGAGAGACAACGGAUGGCGUGGAAGGCUUCUCGGACGCGGACUGGGGAUCGGCCGAGCACAGGCACUCGAUUAGUGGGUAUGUGUUCCUCCUUGAUGGCAGCGCGGUCUCGUGGUCUGCUAAGAAGCAGAAUGUUGUCGCGUUAUCAAGCACCGAGGCGGAAUACAUCGCGAUAACUCACGCGACAAAGGAAGCACUCUGGCUUCAUUCCCUCCUCGCCGAUGUCCUCCACCCUGACAUCCUCCGCUACCCGGUGCGCUUGCACAGUGACAAUAAGUCGGUGAUUGCCCUUGCUAAGGACGAUGCUUACCACGCACGUACCAAACACAUCGACAUCCGCUUUCAUUUCAUCCACAAGACCGUCGAGAAUGGCCAGGUCAUUCUGCAAUACUGCUGUACUGAAGACAUGCCAGCAGACAUAUUCACAAAGGUUCUGCCAUGCAUCAAGGUCGAACAUCUCUCGCACCUCAUUGGGCUGCAUGAGAAUUGA